AUGACUGCUCCCAGCGAAGGUCACUGGCAAGAUGGCGUCAAGACUUUGCAGGCUGAUUCGGCCUGCGGUUGCAGGACUGGCUCGAUGUAGUCAAAUGCCAAGACGAGCAACAGCUGCUCUGCAACAUGUUAGAUUUGACAGUACGACAGCUGGAGAAUCACUGAAGCCGACAAUAAAAAACGUUGCACAGACAGUGGAGAUAGCUCAGUUGGAAAAGUUUGGACAUUAUGUAGCAGAAAAUCUUCCUAAAUUUGUACAGGAAGUCCGGAUUUCUGCUGGAGAUGAACUGGAUAUUCUGGUCCACCCUGAAGGAAUCUUUCCAACUAUUUCCUUUUUAAAGAACCAUCACACUGGCCAGUUCCUAAACAUCAUAGAUAUAACUACAAUGGAUGUGCCUACACGCAAGUACAGGUUUGAGAUGAUAUACAUGCUCAUGUCGCUGCACUUCAACUCCCGAAUCAAAGUCAGGUCCUACACAGACGAACUCACGCCUGUCGAUUCUAUCACCUCAGAGUUUCAUGGCGCUAAUUGGAUGGAACGAGAAGUUUGGGAUAUGUUCGGUGUGUUUUUCGCCAACCACCCCGACUUGAGAAGGAUCCUGACUGAUUAUGGGUUUGAAGGUCAUCCAUUUAGGAAAGACUUCCCACUAUCAGGUUAUGUUGAGGUCCGAUAUGAUGAUGAAGAGAGACGUGUUGUGGUAGAGCCAUUGGAGUUAGCCCAGGAGUUUAGAAAGUUUGAGUACAGUAGUCCAUGGGAAACAUUCCCUAAAUUCCGACUCACAGAGGGAGAUCCAGAGACACCGGCCCCAAAAGAACCAGAAGCUAAAUCAUGAGUUAGAAAACUAUAGGAGCAAGUUUUAUUGUACGAAGACUUUGAUAUAAAAGUAAACUGUUGACAGUGAAGUAUCGAUAGUUAAUGAAUGGAAAACAUUAUACGUUAAGUGUGUUUUUGCCAGUGCUUGUUACUUCACCAUGUAAAUAAAUUUGUGACCAAAAAAUGUU